AUGCUGCUGUGUCGACUGUUAUAUCUUAUGGCAGUGCUGUUUCUAAGCAUUGCGUCUAUCUGUGCGGCUGCUGAACCACCAGAAGAGGUCCGUAGAACACCCGAAGUUACUAAAAAAGUCGAAGAACCUCCUGCUAAAGUACCCGAAGUUCCUAAAAAGCCCGUAACCGAGGAUACUCCUGCUCCGUCAGGAACUAGAGAAGAAUCUGAAGCUCUUGGUCGAGCACCUGUUCAGGAACCUCCUGGUUCACCUGGUAAAGAAGGUUCUCGCGAUGGUCGUGCUCCAGGGCAAGUGCAUGAAAAUGGUCCUUCCGGUUCCUCUGCUUCUUCUGGUGCUGGUGGUACUCCUAGACCUGCUGCUGAUUCUGUACCUACUGAACCUAGUACAGAGGCGAGUCAGGCUGAGGCUGCAAGUGAAGCGCAAACUAGAGAGGACGGCAACACUGCAGCAGGUCAAAAUGCAGCAAGGCAAGGAAGUGAAACAACGGAAGCUUCUUCUUCAUCCCCCAGCAGUUCACCCACAGGGAGUGCCACUGGUGCCGAUACAGAAACAAAUGAGAACGGCAAUGCAUCUGCAGAGAGUGAGGCAACAAGUAACCAAAAUGAUGGAGGAAAUGAAGAUACAACCACCACCACCACAACCACCACCACCACAACAACAACAACAACACUUCCCCCUGAACUCACAAACAACAAGAAGGGUGAUGCAGACAGCAGCAGCAGUAUCAGCAGUUCUGUAUGGGUGCGUGUACCACUACUGAUUGUGGUUACACUGGCCUGUAUUCUUGUGUGCUGA